AUAAAGAUGCAACCCAGGAUGCUUCAAAAUCCGACAAUUUUAAUGAAGAAUCCGAAUCCACUGAAGUCAAUUGAGCCAGGAAUCAAAAGCAUUGUUGAGGGAAAUUAAUUUUAAUUCAAAGAUGACAAGUUAGUCUGUGAAUAUUAUCUGAAAAUUUAUGAUUUCUUGAUGUUUAUACACUCCUUUCUUCAUUAUUGGAUGCUUAGGAUUUAAAUAAAGUGAAAGAAAAUAAAAAUUCUUGAUCAGCAAUAAUGCUAGACGUUCAGAAACAGCAACAGGGGAUAAAUUUUGUUAAUAGAUCUCAACAACGAACAACAUUGAGAGUAGUUGUUGAAAAAAUAGGAAAAGCAAGUGCAGUUGUUCAUGGAGACUUGAGCAAAGAAGCUUUAAAGGAACUAUUGAUGUCUGAAUUGUCAUUGAUAUCAAAAACCAAAUCUUUUGAAAAAGAAGAUAUAAAAAUUUCUCCAAUUGAAAUUCAGGAAAGUAUUGAUGAAGAAGAUUUCAGAGAUAAUGAAAGAGAAAUUUUAAACAACAUUAGUCAAGAAAUUUCCAAAGAUAAUAAUGUAAUUGAAGAUCAUAUUGAUGCUGUAAUAGAUUUAUCAAAAAAUGAAAAAGAGCAAUAUGAAGAAGAAGAAAAUCAAAAGAAAUGUGAUACGAAAGUUUCGAAAAAUCUUGAAUUUUAUGGGGAAAUUGACUCGUUCGAAAGAAAAUUGACGGAAAAUGGAAAUCCUAAAAAUAGAGAAACACAUAAAAAGAAAAUUUAUGUAAAAGAUUCAAAGACGCACGACAAGAAUUUUAUUGCAUUGCGCAAAAGUCAAGAAAUUUUAAACGAGUUAUUGAUCCAUGAAAUUGGUAUAAAUGAAGAAAAAGAAGACACAUUAAAUAUGUCUGAAGAUAAUAAAUGGUUGAAGAAACAUUUUAAGGAACCAUUAAUUUUAGCUAUGAAAGAAAUUGUUGAGAAGAAACCUUCGGAUCCGAUAAAUUAUUUAGGUUUCUGGUUAUUAAAUUACAGAAGUUUUGAUGAAAAUCGAGAGAAGGAAAUACGCUUAGAAGAAGAUAUACUGAAGAAUCAAAAAAAUCACUUACAGAAUGAAGUUGACAAAAUUUCAGUAUCAAUAUUGGAAGAAAAAGACGAACUCUUAAUUCAAGAAGAAGAAAAUACAGAAAACUGAUAAAUAAUGAAUAAUUUUUGUGCUUAGGAUUUAAAUUUUACUACAAUUUAUAGAUAUACAUUUUUAGAUUAGGUUUAUCUAUAUUUAUCCACAUUAUGAGAUCUGUUUUAUUUACCAUCGAUAAUUGCGAUUUCAACGCCAUCUAUAUUAAAGAUGGCCGUCUAAAUGUUUUUUUCCCGCCAAAUGGACGUUUGGCGUUUCCAUCUGACUGUGUGAA